UCCUCCUUUGCCUUCCUCCUCCUUACAGAAGUCUGGUGAAAAGUCUGGGGCUCCCAAAUAAGCGGCGUCGCGAGAGAUCUGUAUUUAUAGGGAGAUAUUUAUAUAUAUGUAGAGAUAGAGCUAUAAACCGAACCGGCUCGCUGCGUGUGUGUAGAUACAUAUAUACAGCUAUUUAAUUCUUCCAUCUCUCCAGCUCGUGGCUGAAUUAUUUUAAGAUUUUUUUGAACUUUUUUUUUUUAAACCUCGCUCCUUUUUUCCCCCCCUUUUUCCCCCUUUUCCCCCCUUUUUUCUUCUUUUUCUUUUUUACUUCUUCCUUUUUUUCCCCCCUCCUUCUGGUGUGUGUGGCUUUGCCUUGCAGGCGAGCGAGAGCCAGAGCAUCUGCAGUUGGACUUUUUGGGGUCUUUUUUUUUUUUUUUUUCCGCCACUCCAAGGUUUUUCUUUUUUUCCUUUUUUUCUUCUUUUUUAUUUUUGCUAAUUUUUUUCCCUCGCCUUUUUCCCUCCUCAUCACCCCCACCCCAUUUUUUUGGGGGGGGGCGCUGCUUGUCCUCUUUUUCCCCCCUUUUCCCCUCUCUCCGUGCGCGCGUGGUGCUUUUUCUCCGUGUCACUCUGUCAAGUUUACCCCAAACAAGCCCAAACUUCGCAGCGAGGGGCACAGCCACCACAGCUUUUUUUUUCCCCCCUAUUUCUUUUUCUUUUUUUUUUUUUUUUUAAUUUUUCCUCCUUCCCCCCUCUUUCCCCUCGCCGCUUCCCCAACCUGCCAGCGCAGAGGGGGGCGAGCCGGGGCCCCCCUCGCCCCAGGACCCCCCAAGCAGCGCCGAGCGGGCGCUCCGCACUCGCCGUCUCUCCGCGCGUGUGUGUGGGUGCGAGCGUGGUGCCUGUCAAGGGGCUGUUUCUCUCCCCACCCUCCUCCUCCUCCCUUCUUUCCAAAUAUGCUUUUUGCAAGUUUUGAUCUCGUCUCGGCACUGGCUACCCUCGCCGCGUGCUUGGUGUCACUGACUUUGCUGCUGGCCGUGUCCCAACAGCUGUGGCAGCUCCGCUGGGCUGCCACCCGCGACAAAACCUGCAAGCUACCAAUCCCCAAAGGCUCCAUGGGAUUCCCUUUAAUCGGAGAGACCUUCCACUGGCUGCUGCAGGGCUCCUGCUUCCAGUCCUCGCGGCGGGAGAAGUACGGGAACGUGUUCAAGACGCACUUGCUGGGGCGGCCGCUGGUGCGGGUGACGGGCGCGGAGAACGUGCGCAAGAUCUUGAUGGGGGAGCACCACCUGGUGAGCACCGAGUGGCCGCGGAGCACGCGGAUGCUGCUGGGCCCCAACACCGUGGCCAACUCCAUCGGCGACAUCCACCGCCACAAGAGGAAGGUUUUCUCCAAGAUUUUCAGCCACGAGGCUCUGGAGAGCUACCUCCCCAAGAUCCAGCUGGUGAUCAAGGACACGCUGCGGGCCUGGAGCAGCGACCCCGAGCCCAUCAACGUGUACCACGAGGCGCAGAAGCUGACGUUCCGCAUGGCCAUCCGCGUCCUGCUGGGCUUCCGCAUCCCCGACGAGGAGCUCAGCCGCCUCUUCGAGGUCUACCAGCAGUUUGUGGAGAACGUCUUCUCCCUGCCCGUGGAUCUGCCCUUCAGCGGCUACAGGAGGGGAAUCCGGGCCCGGGAGACGCUGCAGAAGGGGCUGGAAAAAGCCAUCCAGGAGAAGCUGCAGAACACGCAGGGCAAGGACUACGCCGACGCCCUGGACAUCCUGAUAGAGAGCGGGAAGGAGCACGGCAAGGAGCUGACCAUGCAGGAGCUGAAGGACGGCACCCUGGAGCUCAUCUUCGCUGCCUACGCCACCACGGCCAGCGCCAGCACCUCCCUGAUCAUGCAGCUCCUCAAACACCCGCGGGUGCUGGAGAAGCUGCGGGAGGAGCUGCGGAGCAAAGGGAUCCUCCACAACGGCUGCAUCUGCGAGGGCUCCCUGCGCCUGGACAACAUCAACGGCCUCCAGUACCUGGACUGCGUCAUCAAGGAGGUUCUCCGGCUCUUCACCCCCAUCUCCGGGGGGUACCGGACGGUGCUGCAGACCUUCGAGCUGGACGGUUUCCAAAUCCCCAAGGGCUGGAGCGUGAUGUACAGCAUCCGGGACACCCACGACACCGCUCCUGUCUUCAAGGACGUGGACGUCUUCGACCCCGACCGCUUCGGGCAGGGCCGGAGCGAAGACAAGGACGGCAGGUUCCACUACCUCCCCUUCGGAGGAGGCGUACGGACCUGUCUGGGGAAGCACCUGGCCAAGCUUUUCCUCAAGGCUCUGGCCAUCGAGCUGGCCAGCACCAGCCGCUUCGAGCUCGCCACCAGGACUUUCCCCAGAAUCACCCUGGUGCCCGUGGUCCACCCGGUUGACGGACUCAAGGUCAAAUUCUUCGGACUGGAUUCCAACCAGAACGAGAUCCUGACGGGCACAGACGCCAUGCUGGGGGCCACCGUGUAAAGCCCGCGCCGGUGGCACCAGGGA